AUGAUUACACUUAAUUCAUUAAACUUCUGCACAUCAGAGUUUUCAAGCAAGUCCAGCAAUCUGGUGCAGCCAAGUCCCCAACCACAAACACUGGUUAUUGGUGCAACAGAUUACCGAGAGCAACAUGUUAGUUCUGGUGUAGUCCAAGAAAAUGCUGUUGCAUAUGUUGCAGGAUAUCUCCUGAAGAAAUGUUUCAACAUCCAUGACUGUUCCACAUGUAAAGAGACUUUGGAGUCAGCGAAUUUGGAUAACAGCAGCAAAUUAUUCUGCUACUUCAAAAACUAUAAAGAGGACAAUAGUUCUGGAGGAUUACAUAUGCCUCCUCAGUGUUUCCUCGACUAUAUUUUGCGCCUGGAGGACAGCUUCGUGAAAAACUUCUCAGUUUAUACCAAGUCCACAACAGUCGGUG